AUUAAACCAAAGGGGUUCUCGUCCCUUGAAAGGAAAAUGGAACUAGCUUACACUUUGUUUCUUAUCAUAUUGUAUUUAUUGAUUGCUCCUUUGGCCCUGGUCUUCGUUUGGGCCGUUUACUACGACCUUUCUACAUCAGAGAUCCCUCCAGGAAUUGACCAGCCUUUGAAGCUCAGAAUCCUUCACUGGUUACUGAUUAUUUCGGCCUCUCUGGGGAAGAUUUUGGAGAGUCUUUGCUUCUGCUCUCAAAUCCAUUUCAUCCGCUUCAUCCAAGAAGGCAAAAAACUGGGAGAAGAUCCCAAACUCUGGAUUCAGGAUCUCAUGUUUGAAGAUAUCCCAGUGAGGGUUUACCAGCCAAGAGAGCCCAAGUCAGAACGAAGGAAAGGAGUCGUCUAUUUCCACGGAGGGGGCUGGAUGUUUGGCAGUAUCAAUUCAUACGACCACGUUUGCCGGUACAUUGCCAAAGAAAGCGAUUCGGUGGUUGUAUCUGUUGGAUAUAAUCUAGCCCCUGAGCAGAAGUAUCCAUCCCAGUUCUAUGAGUGUCUGGCUGCCACUGCGCAUUUUUUGAAGAGAGCAGACGACUACGGCGUGGAUCCCGCUCGCAUUAUCGUUGGCGGAGACAGCGUUGGGGGGAAUUUCACGGCUUCCGUUUGCCAAGCUUUAGUGAGCCGAACGGAUCUGGCAAAGCCGCUUGCUCAGAUAUUGAUCUAUCCUGGUCUUCAGGCGAUCGACUUCAACCUACCUUCUUACCAACAGAACCGAGCCGUCCCCAUCUUGUACCGAGAACAUGUCAUCUGUUCUGCUUUGAGGUACCUCAAUAAAGAUUUGUCCGUGUUGGACAGCGUCGUGCGAGGGUGCCACGUUCCGACAGACAUCAAAAUGAGAUUUGGGAAAUGUAUCAACUCCGAGAACAUCCCGCAAGAAUUCAAGGCCAGAGGAUUCGAGCCAUCGCAGGCUGCGUCCUUCGUAGAUGAUGUCUAUGAGGUGGUGAAGCAAGCGUUGGAGGCCACCUUCUCUCCCCUUAUGGCAGAAGAUGCUGUUCUUUCCCAACUUCCCAAGGCUUGCAUUGUAACUUGUGAAUAUGACGUUCUACGGGAUGACGGGAUUCUUUACAAGAAACGACUGGAGGACAAUGGGGUGCCCGUCACUUGGUACCACAUUGAAGAUGGAUUCCAUGGGGUGAUCAACUUUUUCAACGGGCUUUUGUCAUUCCCUUCGGGCAAAAAAGGGGUGGACAGCAUUGUAACUUUUAUUAGGAGUUCAUAACAUGACGUCUGAUUAAAUUAAGAUUGGUAGGCCUGGCUGCUCAUGGUGGAUAAAAACUCAGAAAUAUAGCUUGGGAGGAGGGAAAGUAAAACAGACAUUGGGAGUGUUUUGGGCCUGGGUUCAUCUCCAGCACUUCCAAACCGAGAAGACGGGAGCAAAAAGAUACUCUACUGAGAAUGCAUUCUGACAGGAAGGUCAUAUAUAUGGGACUGCCUAUUAGAAACUGAUGCCCACAUUCCCAAACCAUUCCCCAUAAAGACAUAUGCUGCAUUUAUGUAGGAACAAGUGCUCCAAAACAUGCAUAAAAACCAACCAUCUCUCCACUGAGAAACAUCCGUUGUUCUGUGUGCACAUUUCUUUAUUUAGAGUUAUCGUACCUCUUUCUCUCCAUUACUCUGAGUCUCAAGCCUAGGUGGAUAACCCCAGUGUUUUUUUUAAAUGCAGUGAAAUAGUAUAACACCUGCAAUAAACAAUGAGAUAAAUCCGGAUGACAAAAUCAGAGAAAAGUACAGACAAAUGGUAUGCUGUAUUCAAUAAAUGAUUCAAUUAAAAACCAGCGCGAUUUGUAGGUUUUCCUCGCUGAGCACAGGAUGGUGGGUCCCAGAAAAAGGUAAGUUUUGCUCAUUUAGAAAUCAAACUAUGCCAGUGUGAUGUAUGUAGUUGUUAGCCAAUGUGGUGUAGUGUUUACAAAUGGUGGACUUUAAUCUGGAGAACUGGGU